GAAGACUGUGCAAUUCAAUCGAAAAUUGUGAGUGCGGAUGUCGCUGUUGUCAUAUACCGAAUGAUGAAAUGAAUUAACGUUGUUUUGUAUCGUAGUUUUUUGACACCUUAUUGCGAUUCAACCACCAGCAAAAAAGCACGAGCGCGUGGGCGUGUGGGUGUGUGUGCGUGUGGGCGUGGAGACGUUUAAAGGGAUGGAGGCGCCGGAUGAGGAAGCACAACCUGGGGCACAUGCAGUGACAGUCGACGACCACGUAACCGCGGAGACGGUAACGGAAGACCAUGUGGAGCCCAGCACAAGUCAAGCCGUGGCGUAUUCCGAAAUUUACAGCGAGUGUGAAGAAAGAGAAAUGUGGUAUAAACGUAGCAUCGAAACAGUCCAGAUGAUUGCAAGAGAAGAGGUCAAUGAUGCCGUGGCUGAUGUAUUGAAAGGAAUAAGAACAACGAACGCAACAGAAGCAGACUACCAACGGAAAUGUGAAGACUUUCGUAAAAGGUUAAUACAGUUCUAUACGACUAAGAAGAAUACUGUGUCUGUUUCACCACUGAGACCGGGUCGGGAUAAACCCAUCUGGGAUGUCUUUGUGCAACCAAAAUUGAGCCACGUUAUAAUUGACAAAGAUGGAUCUCGAAAGAAAACGGAACACGUUGUUCAUCAAUAUAAAGAUUUAUUUUACAAAGAUGAAAAGCUGAAUAGCCGUGUAUUUGUUCAAGGAGAACCCGGGAUGGGUAAAACCACAUUCCUUACUGAACUGGCGCUUGACUGGUGCGAUGCAGUGUCUGUGCAUAAUCCUGAUCACAAGCCUACGUUUAGUGAUGUCGAUACAUUGAAGAAGUUCCAGUUUCUCUUUCAAAUAUCACUAAGAGAUGCAACAGACCAACGAGAGGUUAUAGAGAUGAUCAAAACACAAAUAAUCCACAUGAUUUAUACUGAUGCUAAACGCGAAGAAACCGUUAAGCUUUUACCACAAAUCAUGGAACGAGAAUCGUGCAUAGUAACUUUGGAUGGGCUUAAUGAAUGGGUUGAUCGUUUGAAUAAAUGCGUUAUCCCUUUUUUGGCACAAUGCCAUCUGAAGUGCGUAUCUGUAAUCACAUCACGGCCAUGGAAAAUGGCGGAUGAGCGAAUCAAAGAUUCCGAAAUUAACAGUUUGAUAGAAAUUGAAGGAAUAAUUGAUUCAGAAAAGCUUGCAAAGAAAAUGAUUCGCAGUCUUCAGACUGGUUAUGUAAAGACACACACUGAAUUCAUGACGUACGUUAACGAACGUCAAUUGAGCCAUUUCCUUACGUCACCCUGGCGGCUUACUCUGUUGGUGAAUUUUUGGAUGAACUAUAAGGUUAGUGGUUCAUUAUGUGAAUUAAAUUGCAUUCUCAUAGACAUACUCUUCCAGAAUGCAAACGCAGAAAAGGGAUUUUUUGAGAAAGGAAGUUCUUUUCAGUGUUUAUACAAUACACGAUUCGUUCAGCAGCAGAUCGAUAUUUUUGAUGCGCUUGCGAAGGCCGCGUUUCACUUGAAGUUUUCGUCAAACAAAUCAUUUGUGUUUGCCGAACGGGAAUUAUUGAACUACAUGUCAGUAGUUCAGUUGGAAUUUUGUCUUAAUGCUGGUGUUUUAACAAAAAGAUACAUGUCCUACGAAGCAGAUGAGGAUGUGCAGUUUUCGUUUGUACACGAGACAGUGCAAGAUUUCCUGGCUGCAUAUCAUAUUGCAAAGUCUAAUCAAGACUGUAUUGCCCAUUUCCAAAAACAAUCUAAAUAUAAUGUGUUAGAAAUGAGCGAGAUAAUCAUUUUUCUGUGUGGGCUAGAGUGUAAGAAAGCUAAUCAACUGUUAAAUCGUCUGGCUGACGUAAAGUUCCUCAACGACAUAAACCGUGGACUGAGCAUGUACGUUAAGCGACAUUUUGACUCGGAAGAUGAGUUGGCUUUUCAGACAGACAAUAACACAGAGAGAUACGUUUUAAAAUCAAAUAAUAAUGAAAUGGAACACGGCGCACGUUGCUUCGCACUAGCAGUAUUAUUCCAGCGCAUGAUCAUCGCUGGUUACAAAGAAGCAAAGGCCAGCGGUGAGAAGGACAUUUGCCUGAAUUGUACGGACUUUACAUUUGGUACGCAUCUUAAUAAGUGCGAUUCAAAUGCAUUAAAGACACUUUUACUGUCCAACAAAUCACAUGUUCGGUCACUUAUCUUAGAAAGUAAUGUUCUUAAAACAAGCGAAAUACUGACAGUCAUCCAACAAUCCAAACAGAGUCUUAAACGUUUAAAGAUGAGAGUUACGGAGGAAAUUAAUAAAGCAUUAUAUCAUACGAGCAUACAAGAGCUAAACUUUAUCGGCACGAUAAACGUUUCAUCAUUUUCUGGUAUAUUUCCGACCCUGUCUCAAUUAACGUUUUUGGGGAUAGAAGGCUCGACUUUCUCGGAAGACAUAGGUUUUCCUGACACAUUACAACAAAUACAUUUGAUGAAUUGUACAUGUACUGCAGUGUUUCUACGACGUAUAGGGAACCUAGACCUGGGCUCGGCUGAAUGUGCCUCAUUAGCAUCAGAGAUUCUUCACACGCUCAACAAGCUUACACGGCUGUAUUUACAGGGGACCUAUACGGGUCGAUGUAAUCUCAAGAUGCCUGAUUUAUUGAAUAAUCCAUGCGAAGAACCUCAUAUACAUCUAUCAGACUCGCGAUCUGAGAUAGUGUCACGUGACUUGUCUAAUAUCGGUAUAUCAGUGAAAAACGGCAGCAAGGAACUGAUUGAAAUAUUACGUGAUACAAUUCGUGCCAAUGACAGUCAAAGCUCUUGGCGCCAUACUGCAAAGGUAUGUGUCAUUGCUGCUGUCGAUCAGCAGUGUGUUUCCAAAUUAGAGGAAGCCCUAAGCACCAAUGAUAUCGUGGCACUGUCGCUCUGUUGGACACCAGUGUCUUCCAAUGACAGGCGAAGGCCUGAGCGCCAAACUACACGAAAAUCACGUCACUGUCGCUAG